UCAAGUUCCAUCUCAUGUCACCUCAUAUGGAAUGUAUCCCUCUGUCUGUUGUUAAACUACGAUGACAUGUCUGUAGCCAUAAGAAAGAGAAGCUGGGAAGAACAUGUGACCCAACGGAUGGGGCUGCCAUUUAAUUCUGAUGAUUAUAACACAGCAUGUCAUCAUGGACUAGCAGCUGACAGCUUGCAGGAAAGUAUGGAAAAAGAUGCAACUCUACAUGUGGACCGCAAAGAGAAGUGUGUGUCUUUACCAGACUGCUGUCAUGGGUCAGAGAUGAGAGAUUUUCCAGGGAGACCAAUGGGUCAUGUUUCAAAGGAGGUGGAUGAAAAUGACAGUCAUGAAGGUGAAGACCAGUUUCUCUCUCUGGAGGCCAGCACAGAAACAUUAGUGCAUGUUUCUGAUGAAGAUGCAGAUUCUGAUUUAUAUCUUACAGAUGAUAAACAGAUCCUAUCUACUCAAGAUCAUAAAACAUCUGACCAACAUAGUGUCAAAGGAGCAGGCUCCUUAGUUAAGACCUUGCCCAUCAUACAGAGUAACCAAGAUUCAUGUAGUUCCUGGAUAAUGGUAGGUGAACCCGAGUCAGUGCCAGGAGAAGAAGGAAGGGAGAGAAAAGUUGUUGACACAAUGAGGAAAAGCCUGGAGCUUUGUAAUGACAUAAGCUUAUGUGAAAUAAAAGAUGCACCCCAAGUAAACACAUGCAAUUCUUUGAAUGUGAAAGAGAUUGUGCCUGAGAAGCAAUUGCUUAAUUCUGCAGUAAUAGCUCAGCAACGAAGGAAGUCUGACUUUCCCAAAGAUGGACAUGAAAGAAACACCUGCAGCGUACACAACGAGUACUCUUCAGCUCCUUGCACAGACAGAGGACUGCCAUUAUCAAAAGCAGAUUCUGGAAGCUGCCUUCUACAGCCCUCUUCCUGCCCCAGUGGAAUGUCGGCUGAAAAUGGCCUGGAGGAGAGUGGUUUCUCAGAACAUCAAAACAAAAGUCUUCUAAAGGUCAACGCAGGAGAUGGCAUUCAGUGUUUACACUUAAAGGAGACUCUGGCCACCCAGGAACCUGCAGAUAAUCAAGUCAGACUUCGCAAAAGAAAGGAAGUAAGAGAUCGAGAUAGGGCGCGGCUGGACUCCAUGGUGCUGCUAAUUAUGAAACUGGACCAACUUGAUCAGGACAUUGAGAAUGCUCUCAGCACCAGCUCUUCUCCAUCCAGCACACCGACAAAUCCACGGCGGCACGUGCCUGAUCUGGAAUCAGGAUCUGAAAGUGGAGCAGAUACCAUUUCAGUAAACCAGGCACAAAUAAAUUUGUCUUCUAACACGGAGUCCACUGUCCUACCAUCUCCUACCCCAGCAGCCAAUUCUGGAACCAAACCCAAGGCUAUGGCUAUUUCAGGUAUUUCAGAGAAAGAGCAGGCUGAAAUUGAAGCCAAGGAAGCUUGUGAUUGGCUACGGGCAACAGGUUUUCCUCAGUAUGCACAGCUUUAUGAAGAUCUCCUGUUUCCCAUUGAUAUUACCUUGGUCAAGAGAGAGCAUGAUUUUUUGGACAGAGAUGCCAUUGAGGCUUUAUGCAGGCGUCUAAAUACUUUAAACAAAUGUGCCGUGAUGAAGCUAGAAAUUAGUCCUCAUCGGAAGAGAAGUGAGGAUUCUGAUGAGGACGAGCCUUGUGCAAUAAGUGGCAAAUGGACUUUCCAGAGGGACAGCAAAAGGUGGUCCCGGCUUGAAGAGUUUGAUGUCUUUUCUCCAAAGCAGGACCCAGUCCCAGGGUCCCCAAAUGAUUCCCACCUAAAGAACGCUGAGAGCCAUGAGAGCAUGCUGACAGAACUCAGCGAGCGCCAGGAGGUGUCUUCUGUCCGUAGCCUCAGCAGCACCAGCAGCCUCCUCACCCACGCCCCCCACAGUGCAGAUGUGGUGACACCCCGGACUAACUCCGUCAUUAGUGUCUGCUCCUCCAGCAACUUCGUUGGCAAUGAUGACUCCUUCUGCAGCCUGCCUUCUCCCAAGGAACUGUCCAGCUUUAGCUUCGGCAUGAAAGGCCACGAGAAAAGCACCAAGUCCAAGACACGCAGUCUGCUGAAAAGGAUGGAGAGCCUGAAGCUAAGGGGUUCCCACCACAGCAAGCACAAAGCACCUUCGAAGCUGGGGCUCAUCAUUAGUGGACCCAUUCUGCAAGAGGGUAUGGAUGAGGAGAAGCUGAAGCAGCUGAACUGUGUGGAGAUCUCCACCCUGAACGGCAACCACAUAAACGUCCCCCUGGUACGCAAGAGGAGCGUUUCCAACUCCACACAGACUAGCAGUAGCAGCAGCCAGUCGGAGACCAGCAGCGCUGUCAGCACCCCAAGCCCCGUCACCAGGACCCGGAGUCUCAGUGCCUGCAAUAAGCGUGUCGGGAUGUAUUUAGAGGGCUUUGAUCCUUUCAAUCAAUCCACGUUUAACAACAUCAUGGAACAGAACUUUAAAAACUAUGAGAGCUACCCAGAGGACACAGUGUUCUAUAUCCCAGAAGAUCACAAACCUGGCACUUUUCCCAAGGCCCUCUCCAAUGGCAGUUUCUCUCCCUCAGGGAACAGCACCUCUGUGAACUGGAGGACGGGCAGCUUCCAUGGCCCUGGUCAUAUCAGCCUCAGAAGGGAAAACAGCAGCGGCAGCCCCAAGGAACUGAAGAGACGCAAUUCCUCCAGCUCCAUGAGCAGCCGCCUGAGCAUCUAUGACAACAUGCCAGGCUCCAUCUUCUACUCCAGUUCAGGUGAUCUGGCUGACCUGGAGAAUGAGGACAUCUUCCCUGGGCUGGAUGACAUCCUCUACCAUGUGAAAGGUGUGCAGAAGAUGGUCAACCAGUGGUCCGAGAAGUUUUCAGAUGAGGGAGAUUCUGACUCUGCCCUAGACUCGGUCUCUCCUUGCCCAUCUUCUCCAAAACAGAUACAUCUGGAUGUGGACAAUGACCGCACCACACCCAGUGACUUGGACAGCACAGGCAACUCCCUGAAUGAACCCGAAGAGCCCUCCGAUAUCCCUGAAAGGAGAGACUCUGGGGUCGGGGCUUCCCUGACAAGGUCCAAUAGGCACAGACUGAGAUGGCACAGUUUCCAGAGCUCUCAUCGGCCAAGCUUAAAUUCUGUCUCACUGCAGAUUAACUGCCAGUCUGUGGCCCAGAUGAACCUACUGCAGAAAUACUCGCUUUUAAAGUUAACAGCCCUGCUGGAGAAGUACACACCUUCUAACAAGCAUGGUUUUAGCUGGGCUGUGCCCAAGUUCAUGAAAAGGAUCAAGGUUCCAGACUACAAGGACCGGAGUGUGUUUGGGGUCCCUCUGACAGUCAACGUGCAGCGCACAGGACAGCCCCUACCACAAAGCAUUCAGCAGGCCAUGCGCUACCUCCGCAACCAUUGUUUGGACCAGGUUGGGCUCUUCAGAAAAUCUGGGGUCAAAUCCCGGAUUCAGGCUCUUCGCCAGAUGAAUGAAAGUGCCAUGGAUUGUGUCAGCUAUGAGGGGCAAUCUGCUUAUGAUGUGGCAGACAUGUUGAAGCAGUAUUUUCGAGAUCUUCCUGAACCACUAAUGACAAACAAACUCUCAGAAACCUUCCUACAGAUCUACCAAUAUGUGCCCAAGGACCAGCGCCUCCAGGCGAUCAAGGCCGCCAUUAUGCUCCUGCCGGAUGAGAACCGGGAGGUUCUACAGACGCUGCUUUAUUUCUUGAGCGAUGUCACAGCUGCUGUAAAAGAAAACCAGAUGACGCCAACCAACCUCGCUGUGUGCUUAGCGCCUUCCCUCUUCCACCUCAACACCCUGAAGAGAGAAAACUCUUCCCCAAGAGUAAUGCAAAGAAAACAAAGUUUGGGCAAACCAGAUCAGAAAGAUUUGAAUGAAAACCUAGCUGCAACUCAAGGGCUGGCCCAUAUGAUUGCUGAGUGCAAGAAGCUUUUCCAGGUACCUGAGGAAAUGAGCCGGUGUCGGAAUUCCUAUACUGAACAAGAACUGAAGCCCCUCACUCUGGAAGCAUUGGGACGCUUAAAUAAUGACGAACCUGCUGACUACCAUCACUUCCUCCAGGAGUGUGUGGACAGCCUGUUUAAAGAGGUCAAAGAGAAGUUUAAAGGCUGGGUCAGCUACUCUACUUCUGAGCAAGCUGAACUAUCUUAUAAGAAGGUAAGUGAAGGACCCCCUCUAAGGCUUUGGAGAUCAACCAUCGAAGUCCCUGCAACGCCUGAGGAAGUCUUGAAGCGCCUACUUAAGGAGCAGCACCUCUGGGAUGUGGACCUGUUGGAUUCAAAAGUGAUUGAAAUCCUGGACAGCCAAACUGAAAUUUACCAGUAUGUCCAGAAUAGUAUGGCACCCCAUCCUGCCCGGGACUACGUUGUGCUAAGAACAUGGAGGACAAAUUUACCCAAGGGAGCAUGUGCCCUUUUACUCACCUCUGUGGAUCACGACCGGGCACCUGUGGUGGGUGUGAGAGUUAAUGUGCUCCUGUCCAGGUAUCUAAUCGAACCCUGUGGGUCAGGAAAAUCCAAACUCACCUACAUGUGCAGAGCUGAUUUAAGGGGCCACAUGCCAGAGUGGUACACAAAAUCUUUUGGACAUUUGUGUGCAGCCGAAGUUGUAAAGAUCCGAGACUCUUUCAGCAGCCAAAACACUGAGACUAAAGACACCAAAUCUAGGUGAUUACUGAAGCAAAGCAACUGUGUCCACCAUCUGGGCAUUUGUUUCUAGAGCCCUUGCCCAUCCGUGGAUGAGUGGCUUCUACGUCUGAUCCUGAAACAGAAAAGUACAAUUUGGACUGCAGGAAUUAAGACUAGAGCGAGUUGACACAUUUUUAAAGCUGCUUCCUAUUUGUUUAAGGUCUACACUAUAGACCUUGACUGGAAUAUAUAACUGUGC